CUCAUACAACGUUGUUCUUGGUUAAAAUGGUGUCAGUGAAAGGGUGAGCUGUCUGGUGUUUGUGUGUGUGUGUGUGUGGAGGAGGGAUUGAGGAACAGAGAUGGAGGGAGAGCUUAACAAUUUGAUGAUGGUAUGGAGCAUAGCCGCAGCAACAAUGUGUUACUGCCACAGAAUUGGAAGGCUUAUCCCCGAAGGUGCAUCAAGACUUAUAGCCAUUAUCCCUGCCAUACUGCUUCUUCUUCUGCUCCCUCUCAGACUCAUCUCCAUUCACUUUGGAGGACCAUCUGCUUUCUUCCUAGGUUGGCUUUCCACCUUCAAGCUCCUUCUUUUUGCCUUUGGCAAGGGCCCCUUGUCCUCCAACCCUCCCCUCUCUCUCCGUCACUUCGUCUCCAUCGCAUGCCUCCCCAUCAAAUUCCAACAGACCACCACCCCUUCAAAAACCCAAAUCCCCAAACUGCCCUUCAACUACGCUUCAUCAUCCAUGCUCCUCCUAUUCGCCCUCCUGAUUCCGCUCUACGCCAACAAAGAGUAUCUUCAUCCCAAGUUCAUUCUCUUCUUGUACGGCCUCCACAUGUACAUCGGCUUGGAGUUCAUUUUCGGCACCAUCUCCACCACCACUCGGAAACUCCUCGGCGUUCACCUGGAACCGCAGUUCGACAAGCCCUACCUCUGCACUUCGCUGCAAGACUUCUGGGGAAACCGCUGGAACAUCAUGGUCAACCGUGUCCUGCAACCUACCGUAUACGAUCCCCUCGUCACUCUCGCCAGCCCUCUCACUGGCAGAAGGUGGGCCCCACUCCCGGCCAUUGUCGCUACUUUCGCCGUGUCCGGUCUCAUGCACGAGCUGGUCUUUUACUACAUCAAGCGCGAGACGCGCACGUGGGAGGCCUGGGAGCCCUCGUGGGACGCCACGUGCUUCUUUCUCGUUCAUGGACUGUGCGUGGCUGCGGAGGUUGCACUGAAAAAGGGCCUCAAAGGGAAGAAGUGGCAGUUCCCGAGGGUGGUGUCGUUGCUGUCCGGGCUGCUGUCGUUGCUGUUUGUGCUUUACACAGCCAUUCUGCUGUUUCUACCCGCGCUGGUGCGGUGUCAUGUUUACGAGAAAGCAACCAGAGAGUUGACCGCGUUGACCCAGUUUGUGAAGGAUGUGUACAGUGUUUCUAGACUCUACCGUUUCGCUAACGUCACCACCAACACAUGAAACCAAUUAUACUGUUUGGAAACUUGACAUAUAAAUAAAUUAAAUAAACAAAGCUCAUUCGUGCGGUGCA